CGCGCUUUCUAGGGUAGGACCUUUUGAGGUGCACUCGCUGCAUCCACACUCCCGACUCCAAUCUCCGAUACUCACAUACUGCUCCGCGAUUCACCAUGCCGUCCUCUGUGCCAGUCCAUGCCCCGCCGCCGCAUAUGCCAGGCUUACUGGUGCCGAACGAUGAUGCGAGAGCGCUCAAAGAAGACGUUGCAAACAUUCUCGAGCGCGAUCGCACGACCUUUCCUGGCGCACAACCUGUUUCUUUUGGCCGUGAGCACCUUGCUGAGCUACAGCAGCGCGAGUACUUCAUGUGCGAAAAGACGGACGGACUCAGAGUCCUACUAUUUCUUCACUGGUACGACGAUGGAUCAGGUGUGCAUCCGCUCACCUUUCUCAUCGACCGCAAAAACAACUUCUACAAUGUUGAGCCCGCCAUAAAAAUACCAUACUAUCAAGAUCCAAACGAUCGAAAUAAGUUUCUCUUCGGCACAAUACUCGAUGGGGAGCUGGUCAAUGAUCAGUAUCCCGGAGAACCGUCGCCUCGCCUCAUAUACUACGUAUUUGAUGCCCUUGCAGUAGACAAUCAAAAUCUCACAGCCAAAGGCAUGGAUAAGCGGCUAGGUCGCAUGAAGGAACAUGUCCUCAAACCCUACAGCAAGUGGCUUGAACAGAACCCCUCCCUCAAUGUCGCACACCUGCAGCCAUUUCGUCUCAAGGAGAAACAGAUGCAUCAGUCGUAUCACCUCCAGCACAUCUUCAGUAACAUCCUGCCCCAACUCAAGCACGGCAACGAUGGCCUCAUCUUCACAUGCAAAGACACGCGCUACCAGUAUGGUACAGAUCAGCACAUUCUGAAAUGGAAGCCUCCGCAUGAGAACACCAUAGAUUUCAAAUUGCGCUUGGGCGAGUUUCCCCUCAUCGACCCUGAAGACGGCGAAGAAGGCCCAAUCCCAGAUUACGAUGCGCUUCCCGCUCCUGUCCAGCUCCUGGUCCAACACAACAAUAACGACUACCGGCCCUUUGCCGCGCUUUCUUUAACGCUUGCGGAAUGGAAUAUCUUGAAGUCUCUCAAUCAACGCCUCGACGGGCGAAUCAUUGAAUGCUACCGCUCGCCUGCUGGCCAAUGGAAAUAUAAAGCUGAAGCAGAUGGUUCACCGCGUUGGCGUGACGAUAAAAAGGAUGCGAACCACAUCAGCACCGUCAACAGUGUGCUGGCCAGCAUUGAGAACCCUGUGACCGAGUUGGACUUACUGGGUAACGAACAGAAGAUAAAGGAGGCUGUUUACCGCAUUCAAGGCAGACCUCUGCCAUCGCAGACCGGCGAGGAUGAGAGGGAGGCGAAGAAAAGGAAGUUCGGUGAAGCGAAUGGGCAGCACUGAAACGACUGCCUUGCAAGAAUUGCAGGUCAAGGGC